AUGCGGACGCCGCCGGCGGCACCUGCGGCUCCUUUUGGCGGCGACCGCCGGCCCCACGGCUCCGGGAUGAUGUGGGUCCUCGGCAUCGCAGCAACUUUUUGCGGAUUGCUUUUGCCUCCAGGCUUUGCGCUGCAGAUACAGUGUUACCAGUGUGAGGAAUUUCAGCUCAACAAUGAUUGCUCAUCCCCGGAGUUCAUUGUGAAUUGCACGGUGAACGUUCAGGACAUGUGUCAGAAAGAAGUGAUGGAGCAAAGUGCGGAAUAUAACCGCCCCCCUCACUCCUACCCCAACUAUGAAUUUUUAAACCAGGGUAUAAAGAAUGUGAAUUUGCAUUUGUUUGACAGUGCAAUCUUGUAA